UUUUUUUUUUUUUUUUUUUUUUUUCUUACCGAUGAUUGUCGAAGCGUGACGAUAUUGUCGUCGAGGAUUUUUUAAAAUAUUUGUAUUUUCGCCGAUUUGGAGUUUAGAGUGGGUUCAUCAUCUUCGAGAGGUCUCUCGAACCCUUUUCUCGAAGAAAAAGUGCCGUUUCGUUGUAGUUGAGAACCGAAAGCGCAGCUGGCUGAUUGUGGAGUUUGAAUUUUGCCGCGACGCACGCAAGCGCAUGUUUUUCGAAGAACCGUUAAUUUCGAGCCCUUCGCUGUAUUAAACAGAUCAACGAGUCACGCAUCAAGGUGUAUAAAGCAAGAGAACAGCCUCCAUCGAGCUGAUCGUGAUAUACAAGUAUAAGUGGACGCAACGACAAUAAUCAAAAAAUCUCAAGAUAAUGGAGGUGUUGAUACACGAGGCGAGCAGCGCUUCCCUGGAAAAUGGCCAUUCCCAUCAUUAUCAUCGCCACGAUCAGAGCGAGACGCCCGUGUUGUCGCACACGAGUACAGCCACGGUCGUGCAACUGCCCUCGUGUUGUUUGAAGAACAGACCGCCACCGAUCGUCAUACCGUGCCAGAACAACUGCGCGUCACAGCAGACACCGGUUUUCGUGGCUGAAAAUAAUGACACGCCGAACGGCUCGUCGAACGGUACGCCGUUUUCCAUGACCAAGACUGACACUAUGGAUCUUAUCUUUGAGAAUAUCACGUACACGGUGUCCAUGGGCUGGAGGAAAGGCCAGAAAGAAAUUCUCCACGGAUUAAACGGCCGUCUACCGUCGAAGCAGCUCAUAGCGUUAAUGGGCCCGUCCGGAGCCGGAAAAUCGACUCUCCUCGACGUACUCUCGGGCUAUCGCAUAACCGGCGUCCAGGGCGUUGUUUACGUGAACGGCCGCGUUCGCAACCUCGACAGUUUCCGCAGGCAUAGCGCCUACAUCACCCAGGACGAUAGACUGCAGCUUUUGCUAACUGUACUGGAAAACAUGCGCGUAGCCGCGGAUCUUAAGCUCGGCACCGAUACGCCAAAACACGUCAAAGAAACAGUCAUCGAAGAGAUAUUGUCGACCCUUGGACUCUAUGAGCACAUGUACACUAUGGCAGGUCGGCUUAGCGGAGGCCAAAGGAAACGGCUGUCUAUUGCUUUGGAACUUGUUAACAACCCCACCGUACUCUUCUUGGACGAGCCCACAACAGGUCUGGACAGUUCUUCGUGCACGCAGGUGGUGAACCUGUUAAAAGUACUUGCUCGUCAGGGCCGAACUAUAAUUUGCACCAUCCACCAACCCAGUGCCACAAUGUUCCAGUUAUUCGAUCAAGUUUAUGUGCUGUCAAACGGCGAGUGCCUUUACCAGGGUGCUACGCACAAUUUACUGCCUUACCUCGAGAGCGUCAAGCUUCCAUGCCCUAUGUAUCACAAUCCCGCUGACUAUGUCAUCGAAUUGGCAUGUGGCGAAUACGGAGAAGACAAGAUCGAGCCUUUAGUCCAGGGAUCCCAAAACGGCAAGAACCUCAAGUGGUUCGAUAAUCCAAGCGCUCUGUUGGACACGAAGUCUCUAAGAGAGGAGAAUUUUUUCAAAUUUCUAGCUCUCAAUCCGUUGAAGGAAAAAAAUGGCAAUACUCAGGGCCACCAGCCGACGUCGCAGUUGCACCAGAUGUCCGUUCUGAUGAGGAGAUGUUGCAUCAAAGUAAAACGUGACACUACAUUGACACACAUGCGAAUCAUAGUUAACGUAUGCACUGGCAUAAUGCUGGGUUUAUUAUUCAUCAAAGCCGGAAACGACGCUAAUCGAGUACUCGAGAAUUACAACCUAUUGUUUGCCUGUCUAAUGCACCACAUGAUGACCACAAUGAUGUUGACCGUGUUGACGUUUCCUACGGAGAUGAGCGUCCUGCAAAAAGAGCACUUCAACAGGUGGUACAGUUUAAAGGCGUACUACCUGUCGGUGUCGAUAGUGGAUAUUCCAGUGAUGUUUAUCAGUUGUCUGCUCUUCAGUUCAAUAGUCUACUUCAUGUCGGAUCAACCAGUCGACCCGUGGGCCAGGUUCUCGAUGUUCUUCAGCAUCAGUCUCCUCGUGGCAGCUGUAGCCCAGAGCUUUGGCCUGAUGAUCGGUUCCGUUUGCAACGUUGUGAACGGAACAUUCUUGGCGCCAACGCUGUCGGUGCCGAUGAUGAUGUUCGCCGGUUUUGGAGUCAGUCUCAGGGAUCUUCCCAGCUACCUAAAAUGGGGCUCCUACAUCAGUUAUCUGCGAUAUGGACUCGAAGGUUACGUUAACGCGAUUUACGGUCUGGACAGAAAGCCACUGGAUUGCGUGAACGAAGACUUCGACUUUUGCUUGUUCAAGAAGACGAAAAAAUUCGUGUCCGACGUAACGAGUAUGCGCGAUGACCAGUUCUGGAACGACAUAGCCGCUCUUGCCUGCAUUUUGGUCAUCCUGAGGUUCGCUGCGUAUUUCUUUUUGCGCUGGCGACUCAUGUCCUCGAGAUAAAAAACAAGGCGCCGAAAAGCACAUUUGGGCGACUAAUCAUGUGGACAUGUGCGAAAAUCGUGCAUUUGCAUUCCGAAUUUAUGUCUAUUGGCUGUGUCAUGACAGGCUCUGGAGAUCUAUCGCAUACAUUGCCUGCGUACGAGAUACUUAUAUAUCGCGUGCCAAUGUGUUUGAAUAGUGUUGAAAUAGAGUUUAAAUGGUACUUUCCUACAAUUACGUAGGUAUCUUUUUUACUAUGUCGUUAUUAUCAGUACAUUACGUAAAUAAUAUCAGGACUGGUUACGCUGGACUUUCCUUUAAAAUCUCGACAUGUAGAACUAUUUCAUUUUAAUGUCUUGUGGAGAACAAAUAUGAAUGUGUGAGGAUCACCCACCUUUGAUAUUAAUAAGCUUAAUUAAUAUUAACAUAAUUAAAGUUUCGAUGUUCAAUGCAAUGCUGACAGAACCAAUGCAAUAUAAUUAUGAGUUUGCCCAUUUCGUGUUGUUUCAUCUUGUUAUAAAAAUUAUUAAUAUUAUUA